GAGAAAAAUGUUCGUUCAUGGUUAUACCGCGCUAAAAGCUAUUAUCUAUUGGGUGAAAGAAGGGAUUUCGAAAAGAGCGUGAACGAAGCAAAAAAGAAUAAUCCAAAAGGAUUGGAUUUCAUUGAGAAAACUGUAGCAAGCAUUUUGGAAAAUAAAACCAUUUAAAAAUGUACAAAAUCAGGACAUAAAAACCUCAUAGUACAUAACUGUACCAUGACAAUAUUUGAUUUGAAUGAAUAACGGCGCGUUCACAUUAGCCCAUCGGUACGCGUGUGAACCAAACAAAAUGGCAAUACCAUGUAAUUUGACAUAUAAAACUUGGAGUUGAUUGAAAGUUGUCAUUCAAACAAAAAUAAAGUGAGAAAUUUUUUUGUUGCACUGAACGAUGAGAGAGCUGGCAACUGUUUUUUGAUUUACUUAUUUAAUAAGGGAAUGAUAAGUGAGUGUUUGAUCAUUUGGACGCAUUCAAACGCGAGUCAUUCAUCAAAUUUAUUUCGUCUGAAUUUGUGUGACAAUUCGUUGUAAUGGAUUUGUUGACGCCAAAACUUGAAGUGUUUACCAAUCACGAUACGGUAAUUGACGAUACAAAUAACGACAACAACGGUUCGUGUACGAGUGUACGGCCACGACGAAUACCAGCCACAAAACCGAUAGUGAAAGAAGAAACCAAAACUCCGGUGAAAAAGUACAAAAAGAAGCGUCAACAAUGCCCACAAUGUCCGAUGACCUAUUCGAAGCGAGAGUAUUUAUCGAAGCAUAUGAACACUGAACACGAUAUGACACUGGAGAAAAAGCGACCCGGCCGACAAUCUCAAUUCCAUUUUCCGCACGGUGACGACGAUCCACGUCCAUACAAAUGUGAUCAAUGUGUCAAAGAGUAUAUAAAAUCAAAGCACUUGGCCCGGCACAGGCGCACACAUUUUGAAAGCAAACAUUGCACUGUGUGCAAUGAAAUCUGUAGCAAUUUUGCCGAUCAUAUGCUGAAAAAACAUGGCAUCGAUCUGCCACGACCAUUCGAAUGUGAUAUAUGCCAUAAACGGUAUAGAACAAAAACGCACAUAUCAACCCAUAUGCGAAUUCAUAAAGCAGCUAGCCGCCUGUUUGCCUGUACCGUUUGUACGAAAACAUUUUUCUUUGCCACCGAUCUACGGAAACACGUGAAAACCCAUUCAAAAAACCGUUCGGUAAUUUGUGAUAUUUGCGGAGACGCUUUCAAAUCAGCCGACACACUGAAAUGCCAUUUGCGGCGACACACUGGUGAACGACCAUAUAAAUGUUCACAAUGUCCGCGCGCCUUCAGCACUAGCAACAGUUUGGACAUUCACAUGCGAACGCACACUGGAGAAAGGCCGUUCCAAUGUGAAUUCUGUGAAAAACGAUUCAGUGACUCGUCAACGCUGCUCGUGCAUAAGCGGCUGCAUACAAAUGAAAAUCCCUAUAUGUGUCAUCUUUGUGGCCGUCGCACGAAACAAGCCUCAAAUCUACGUUCCCACUACAAGCAUUUCCAUAAAAACAAUGACAUAUCGGGUCGACAGAUUCGCAUGAACUCACGAAUAUUCAGUCGAUUCGCACAAGGUGAAAUCGAUACCGAAUUGCAACAAACGGGUGAUUUGAUGGCGCUAUUGGAGCGCGGCAUGCAGGACUUUGAUCGUGAGGAAAAGGAGAAAAAUAGUCAAAUCGAAAAAGCAUUGAAAACGAUAACCACACCACAAGUGAAACCACCGAUGGCGAUAAGAACUGAAAUGAAUACCGUGAAAUAUGACGAGGUCAACCCAGCGGAUCAUGUCGAAGUAAAAGUAAAUGUGAAAGAAGAAGAAACAGUUGAACCAAGUUCAGCAGCAGUGAAAAAGAUAGGAAACGCAACGAAAUCCAAAGCGAAGCAAUGUCCAAAACCUAAUGCACCAGCCAUGAUUCGAUGGAGUUCGUCGUCGGUAGCGACGCAGUCACACAACGACUAUUCCGAAGAUAUAAAAGACAUUCAACCGAGUUUUGACGAUAAUCUAGCGUAUGAUCCAGUGCCAAUACCAGUGAACAAAGGUCCGCUAAAAAUUGAAAGUGUAUUUCUUGAAGAUUCACCCUAUCCACAGCAUGAAAUUGAGAUCGUUUCAAUUGACGAUGUGAAAAAAGAGGCGAUUUCCGAUGAUGACGAUAUUUGGGCGAACGAAAAUUACGAUGAUUCGUCAGAUGAACCAUUCCAGAUUAUUAAAUGUGAAUCUCUUAUCGAUGAAGGUGGCAAGAAGGCAGCCAUUACGAAAGCGACCAAGUCAUCAAAUAAAGCGUCCAGUAAAUUGACGACAAAUAAUGAGAUUAAACUUGAAAAGAUAGAAAAAUACGAUGAAGACGAAAUGGAUGCAAUAGAACAGAAGAUAUCGCCGCGGCCGAAAAUGAUCGCACCAAAGACAGAACGGGAACGAUGCAUACCGUGCAAUAGAAAGUUUCACGAUAUGGCCAAGCAUUGGGUGCAAUUCCAUUCGGGCAUCGAACGACCGUACGAAUGUUUCAUCUGUCACAAGGACUAUAAACGUUUCGAGCACCUUAAAUACCACAUGAAAACGCAUGGCGAUGAACGAAACUACAUUUGUCAUGUGUGCGGCGAUGCAUUCUUCUUGAGCAACGAUCUGAGAAAGCACAUAAUGAAUCGGCAUCAGGUCGAACGGCCGUUUAAAUGUACGUUUCAGCAAUGUAAAAAAUGCUUUAAAAAUCAACACGCGCUCAAUGUGCAUUCGCGAACGCAUUCGGGCAUAAAACCAUUCGUAUGUGCCGUGUGUUCAGAAACCUUUGCCGCGUUAAGCUCGUUGAAGAUUCACGAACGAAAACAUACCGGAGACAAGCCGUACGUGUGCAAAUUCUGCAAUAAAGCAUUCGCUGACUGUUCAACACAUCGGCAGCACGUUCGUAUCCAUACUGGCGAAAAACCAUAUCGUUGUCAUUUGUGUGAUCGACGAACGGCCCAAGCGGGUAAUCUGAAAUCACACUAUCGCCACUAUCACAAAAUCAUUGUGAAAAGUGUCAGCAUGUUCAUGGAUCCUAAUUCAACCGUUCCAUUCGCCAGUCAGGAGAUUCAACGAGAUCCAUACGAACAAAAUCAUCCAUUUGCCCCAUACCCACUGAUGAAUCCAUCGAGGCGAAUCGAAGAAUAAAUAACUCAACUCAUAGAUUUGAAGAAGAAAAAAAAUUAAAUUACCUAUAUUUUACUGUUAUAUACCUGUA